AUGGCCCUUAAUUCGGACGAACAGAAAUCGAACCUGGUCCUCCGCGUGGAUCAGGAUUCUGACUCGGUUUUACAAUCGUUGUUCGACACUGUGCUCAAGCCGGACUCGAAACGACCGCUACAGGUGCCUCUGCGUAUGCGACAGCUUCCAAAGUCGUUCUUUAACCCGCCGUCGACCGGUUCUAAGUCGCCAUCUGUGUCUCACUCGCGAGAAAACUCGGCUGACUCCGCGUUCGGGUCGUCGUCUGCGACGGGAUCUGCACCGGUCUCUCACUCUCGUGCGCACUCCUCACCUGCCAGCUUGCAGCAGACCUAUGCAGCUGGACAGCAAAACCAGCAGCCGCCUCUACACCAUCAACACACCAAGCAAAGAUCAUAUGAUGUUGGAUCUCACUUACCAGAUGAACUAGGCCCGCUUCCAGCAGGAUGGGAACAAGCGAGAACGCCGGAGGGGCAAAUAUAUUAUCUUAAGUAA